AUGCGCCUCACUAGCGCCCUCUCAGUCCUCCUCGAUUCCGUGCUGUGUGCCGCAACCGAGUGUGCAGCUACUCUCCCCGAACCGAGGUCUUUUGCGACCGGGAUAUCGUACGACGGAUUCCACAACGUGCUGCUCUCCGCGACUGCCGCCCCCGCCGCAAAAGCUGCAAAUGCUGCCAUGUCCGCCGCUGUCGCCUCCGCUGCUGUCGCCUUCGCCACGGCGGUGCACCCCAACCAGGACUUUGCGCUGUCGGCCGCGACUUCCGCCGCGCGCCCGUCUGCUGCCACGGCGGCGGUGUGUCCCUCCGCUGCUGUUGCCGCAUUCGCUGUCGUCGCCGCGCGGUCCGCCGCGGCCGUCGGUCCCAUGCACAGCGCCGCCGCGUCUGGUGCCGUCGUAGAGCAUGCCAGCGCUGCCGUGGUGAGUCCCAACGGCGAAGUGGACGCAUGA